AUGCUGUACACUUUUGCUGGCGGGGGCACACUCUGUGGUGUGGCUGCCCUGGUGUUGCUUAUUAUCUCCACGGCGACUGAUUUUUGGAUGCAGUAUCGCUACUCUGGCAGUCCAGCCAAUCAAGGGCUCUGGAGAUUUUGCAUCAAUCAUAAGUGCCGUGCCCACACCAUCAGUGUAGCCUUCUGGGAUGCAACGCGUGCCUUCAUGCUGCUGUCUGUUCUGAGCUGCUUUGCCGGAGUGGUGUUGGGUGUCAGCGCCUUUGCCAAUGGGACUAAGAGCAGAAGAGUUUGGACUGGAGGGAUAGCACUGAUGCUGUCAGGUUUUCUUGCUGUGUUGGCCCUCUCAAUUUACACCGGGAUAACCGUCCAUUACUUUGGCAAGAGGUUCCAAGACUGGCGUUUCUCCUGGUCCUACAUCUUGGGUUGGGUGGCCAUCAUCUUGACUUUUGCAGCUGGAGUGUUCCAGAUCUGUGCCCAUCAGAAGAACGUUGCUGCACCAGCUCCAAACAACAUGGCGGACAGCUGA